CCGGAAGGGGCGCGCGGCCCAGGCCCGGGGCCCCCCCCUCCGCGUCCCCGCCGCGCCCCGUGAGCCCACCCCGGGAUCUCACCCCGGGAUCCCGCCCCGUGAACCCACCCCGGGAUCUCACUCCGGGAUCCCGCCCCGUGAGCCCACCCCGUGAUCCCGCCCCGGGUCCCCGCAGCGCCCCAGUGAUUCCUCCAGGUUCCCCCCGGUGAUCCUGCGCCCGGAUCCCUCACAGCCCCGAUGCUCCCCGGCCCCCCGUAGCCCCCCGAUCCGCCCCCCUCUCCCCCGGGUUCCCCUGUCCCCAGCGCCGCUCGGUGCCCCCGGAGCCCCCCGGUGCCCGGUGUCCGCCGCCAUGAGCGAGCUGAAGGACUGCCCGCUGCAGUUCCACGACUUCAAGUCGGUGGACCACGUGAAGGUGUGCCCCCGGUACACGGCCGUGCAGGCCCGCUCGGAAGAUGACGGCAUCGGCAUCGAGGAGCUGGACACACUGCAGCUGGAGCUGGAGACGCUACUCUCCUCCGCCAGCCGCCGCCUCCGCGUCCUGGAGGCCGAGACACAGAUCCUGACAGACUGGCAGGAUAAGAAAGGCGACCGGCGGUUCCUGAAGCUGAGCAAGGACCACGAUGUGGGCACAUCUGUCAAACAUGGGAAGCCCAAGAAGCAGAAGCUGGAGGGCAAAGGGGGCCAUGGGACUGGGCCUGGCCCUGGCCGGCCCAAGUCCAAGAACUUGCAGCCCAAGAUCCAGGAGUAUGAGUUCCAGGAUGAUCCCAUUGAAGUGCCCCGCAUUCCCAAAAAUGAUGCUCCAAACAGGUUCUGGGCAUCAGUGGAGCCGUACUGUGCCGAUCUCACUAAUGAGGAGGUCAGAGUCCUGGAGGAGCUGCUCAAGCCGCCAGAGGAUGAGGCUGAGCAUUACAAGAUCCCGCCACUGGGGAAGCAUUAUUCCCAGCGCUGGGCACAGGAGGACCUGCUGGAGGAGCAGAAGGAUGGAGCCCGGGCAGCAGCUGCUGCCGACAAGAAGAAAGGUGUCCUGGGGCCACUGACUGAGCUGGACACCAAAGACGUCGAUGCCCUCCUGAAGAAGUCGGAGGCCCAGCAUGAGCAGCCAGAGGAUGGGUGUCCCUUCGGUCCCCUGACGCAGCGUCUCCUGCAGGCCCUUGUGGAGGAAAACAUCAUCUCCCCCGUGGAGGACUCCCCCAUCCCCGAGAUUGCCGGCAAGGACUCAGGAGCUGACGGUGCCGGCACAUCUCCCCGCAGCCAGAACAAGCCCUUCAGCGUCCCCCACACCAAGUCCCUGGAGGGUCGGAUCAAAGAGGAGCUGGUGGCCCAGGGCCUGCUGGAGUCAGAGGACCGCCCGGCCGAGGACUCGGAGGAUGAGGUGCUGGCAGAGCUGCGCAAGAGGCAGGCGGAGCUCAAGGCCCUCAGCGCUCACAACCGCACCAAGAAGCACGAGCUGCUGCGGCUGGCCAAGGAGGAGCUGCACCGGCAGGAGCUGCGGCAGCGUGUCCGCAUGGCCGACAACGAGGUGAUGGAUGCCUUCCGCAAGAUCAUGGCUGCCCGGCAGAAGAAGCGCACGCCCACCAAGAAGGAGAAGGACCAGGCCUGGAAGACCCUGAAGGAGCGGGAGAGCAUCCUCAAGCUGCUGGAUGGGUAGAGGGGGCCGAGGACCCCCCUCUCUGUGUGGACUUCACCUGCAGGGUGCUGCCCUGCCUGUACUCUGCCUGUACCCUGCCAGUGCAGGAUGGAGUGGGCACAGCCUCCUGCAUGCCCUGGGCCUGCUCGGCCUCCCCGCCUGGGUGACAGAGCCUACCUGCUGUCCCGUCCCUGCGUGGGGCUUUCACUGAUUCAGGCUUGGGACCCCGUGGAGUUGUGGAGAUCUCUCCUGUGGACAGCCUCCCCCAGCUGGUGGCUUCUGCUCCCAUGUCACCCCGUACUCCCCCUGUUACUCAGGUGACAUCAGCCAGGUCACUGCAGGGGCCAGAUGUGGUGGCUCCUGUGGUGUGGUUCCCACAGUCCCUUGUCCUUCUGUGACCAGGGGUGGGGAGAUCCCAACACCCACAGGGGAGCUGGAGGAUGUGGGGAGGGGAAGGGGCUGGAGG